AGUCAGAUCUGAGGCAUCGUUACUGCUAGGAUCAGCCUCGCAGUCCGGGUCUGAAGAAGGCGCAAGACUUGGAGCGAGACACACGCGCGCGUGCACACACACACACACACACAUACAUACACACACACACACACGCAAACGCUUUCGCUCCCACAUACGUGUGUAGGAUAUCUGGAGACUUGUCCGAGUCCUGGGUCUUGGUGCCUCUUCCCGCGAUUCUUUCCUCGCUUCUAUACGAGACCCCUGCAAGAGAGCAGCAUCCUGCGACUGAAUUUUUUCCCCUUUGCUUUUUUCCAGUUUUCCUUUUUUUUCUUUCUUUCUUUCUUUUUUUUUUUUUUUUUUGAGGGGGGCUUGGGGAAGGGGGAGGCAUUUUUUAUUUUCAAAGAGCACCGGUAGGGAGUGGGGGUGCUGGGCAGAAGGAGGGGGUGGUGGUGGUGACAAGAAGGCAGGAGAGAAGAGAAAGUGGGAUGCCAGAGCCCUGGGCUGCGCGUUGGAGGAGGUGGAGGAGGAAGGGGGAGGACGAUGCCGCUGCUUCAUAGGGGUGGAAGGCGAGAGCGAAGGGAAGGGAGCGCUCCGGUGAGCUGGCAGAGACUAGCCGCGGGGUGCGGAGAAGCGCGCCCAUCACAGCGGCUCCGGCUCGGGCUCCAGCUCCCGAAAGCUCCGGCCCAGCCGCUGGCUACCCACCCAGGACACCCGCAGGCUCCACCGCGAUCCAGAGACAGGAGCAAAAGUUUGGAUCCCGGGGAGGGAGACGCGCAAAGAGGGAUUAUGACCAGGGCUGAAAAAGGACUGCAAGAACCUUACCAGAAACUCUUGAAGACUGUUUACUAAAGCAUGGAGGGAUUGGGGACUACCAACAGUGAAUGGAAUAGAUAACAUCAAUCUUUUGAAACCAAGAAUUGAGCUGAAAUAAGAUGCUCAUAUGCUGAACAUCGUUGAACUGAACUGCAACAGAAGACAGAAGCCCUGCCAGUCCAUUGUGGUUCCUGUUGGAAGUAAGCACCUUGGCAUCAUCUAUAUACCCUGUUGGAAGAAAAAAAAUCCAUCUCUUGAAUUUUAGUGCACAUGGAGGAAGGCAGUAAAGAAGGCAAUCCAAGAAGGAUAAUGAGACUGGGGCUUUAUUAGCUGAUUACCAGAAGACAACAACAGCAAGAAGAUUAUUUUACUAUUCUUCAAGACUUUACUCUUGCUUGAGUGCUGGACACUAAUACAACCGGCUUUCUGCCUUUUUAGCUUUGCCACCUGCCUUUAUUAUUUCCCACCCCUCAGCCACUCUGUAUUUUGUUUCUUUAUUUCAGAGAUGGGCCUAAAGACUACAAAGUGGCCUAGCCACAGGGCCUUGCUUCUGAAAUCUUGGGUUAUCAUUUCCCUGGGGCUCUACAUGCAAGUUUCUAAAAACAUGGCAUGCCCUAACGUGUGCCGCUGUGACCGGAACUUUGUCUACUGUAAUGAGCGAAGCUUGACCUCAGUGCCUCUUGGGAUACCGGAGGGCGUAACCGUACUCUACCUCCACAAUAACCAAAUUAAUAAUGCCGGAUUUCCUGCAGAACUGCACAGUGUACAGUCGGUGCACACAGUCUACCUGUAUGGCAACCAACUGGACGAAUUCCCUAUGAACCUACCCAAGAAUGUCCGGGUCCUACACCUGCAGGAAAACAACAUUCAGACCAUUUCUCGGGCAGCGCUUGCUCAACUUUUGAAGUUGGAAGAGCUGCACCUGGAUGACAACUCCAUCUCCACAGUGGGUGUGGAAGAUGGGGCAUUCCGAGAGGCUAUUAGUCUCAAGCUGUUGUUUCUGUCUAAAAACCAUCUGAGCAGUGUCCCUGUCGGCCUCCCUGUGGAUUUACAAGAACUGAGGGUCGACGAAAAUCGAAUUGCUGUUAUAUCAGACAUGGCCUUCCAGAAUCUCACCAGUCUGGAGCGUCUGAUCGUGGACGGCAAUCUCCUUACUAAUAAAGGCAUUGCCGAGGGGACCUUCAGCCAUCUUUCAAAGCUCAAGGAAUUUUCUAUUGUACGGAAUUCACUGUCCCACCCUCCACCUGAUCUCCCAGGUACGCAUCUGGUCAAGCUUUACUUACAGGACAACCAGAUAAACCACAUUCCUUUGACGGCAUUUUCCAAUCUCCACAAGCUGGAACGGCUGGAUAUUUCCAACAAUCAGCUGCGGAUGCUAGCUCAAGGGGUCUUUGAUAACCUCUCCAACCUGAAGCAGCUCACCGCACGGAAUAACCCUUGGUUUUGUGACUGCGGUAUUAAAUGGGUCACCGAGUGGCUCAAAUUCAUUCCUUCAUCUCUUAACGUCCGUGGUUUUAUGUGCCAGGGACCAGAACAGGUGAGGGGCAUGGCUGUCAGAGAGCUGAAUAUGAAUCUGUUAUCAUGCCCUACCACGACCCCCGGAUUCUCUCUCAUGACCCCACCCCCGAGUGUCGUUCCUCCGACCACACAGAUUCCCACUCAGCCUGCAGCUACCCCUAGCGGAAACUCUACUCCUCUGACGCCCACUGUAUCCAAACUCCUCCCCACUGUGCCUGACUGGGAUGGCAGAGAAAGGGUGACCCCUGUCGUUUCGGAACGAAUCCUGCUCUCAGUCCAUUCUGUGAAUGACACUUCCAUUCAAGUCAGUUGGCUUUCUCUCUUUACUGUGAUGGCAUACAAACUCACCUGGGUGAAAAUGGGCCACAGCUUGGUAGGGGGCAUCGUUCAAGAACGGAUAGUCAGUGGUGAAAAACAGGAUCUGAGUCUGAUCAAUUUAGAGCCCAAAUCCACCUAUCGGAUUUGCUUAGUGCCGCUGGAUGCUUUUAAUUAUCGCGCCGGAGAAGACACCGUUUGUUCUGAGGCCACCACUCACGCCUCCCAUUUGAAUAAUGGCAGCAACUCGGCUUCCAGCCAUGAGCAAACAACUUCUCACAACAUGGGUUCCCCCUUUCUUCUGGCGGGUUUGAUUGGGGGUGCCGUGAUAUUUGUGCUGGUGGUCUUGCUCAGCAUUUUUUGCUGGCACAUGCACAAAAAGGGGCGCUACACCUCCCAGAAGUGGAAAUAUAAUCGAGGCCGGCGGAAAGAUGACUACUGUGAGGCGGGCACCAAGAAAGACAACUCCAUCUUGGAGAUGACAGAAACCAGCUUUCAGAUUGUCUCCUUAAAUAAUGAUCAGCUCCUUAAAGGAGAUUUCAGACUGCAGCCCAUUUACACCCCAAACGGGGGCAUUAAUUACACAGACUGCCACAUUCCCAACAACAUGAGAUACUGCAACAGCAGCGUUCCAGAUUUGGAGCACUGCCACACGUGAUAUCAAGGGGGAGGGGGCAGGGAAACACCAAGCGGACAGUGAAACUCUUGAGAACACACACACACAUGUGCGAGCAGAGAGACACACAAAUUACAUUUGAUAAAUGUUACACAGAUGCAUUUGUGCAUUUGAAUACUCUGUAAUUUAUACGGUGUACUAUAUAAUGGGAUUUAAAAAAAAGUGCUAUCUUUUCUAUUUCAAGUUAAUUGCAAACAGUUUUGUAACUCUUUGCUUUUUAAAUCUUUAAAAAAAAAGUUGCUGAAGUACUGUACAGGGUUGUACAAUGAGAACCCAAUGCCAUGGCAAAGGAAAGAGUGAUUCUUCCGUACAAUGUACAUUAACCAUUUUGCUGUUGAAGCUGUCAAAAGAGAUUUCCUUUUUCAGAGCCACUGGUCAAGGUCCAAGUACAAAUUAGAGUGGAUUCAUUAAGACAGGAUAAUUUAAUUUUUUUUAAAUCUACACAAGCAAUUCCAUGCUCUUUCUGCACUUUCUGGUUUGGGGGAGGGGGAGGGAAGAGAGUGGGAAAGAAGAAAUUACAAAAUAAGAGAUGGGCAAAAUGUACCAAAAUUCUACUUUGACCCAGUGCAGGAAAUUAACUGCUGAAUCACAAGGAACAAACUUCAUUCUCGUGAGAUAAUUUGGCCCACUUGGCAAAACCCAAGAGGAUUAAUUAAAAUUUCAAAUAGUCUGAAAAUUUUGGAGAUGGCUAGGUAAAUGGUUUUAAAAAUCAUCAUAGUGUUCAACACUAUAUAAUUUGAACAGAGUUAGAGACCAGUUACAUUUAAUGCCAAUGCAUUGAGGAGCUGAUAAUUCACAAAGAAAAAUCAACUCCCUUUUGGAAAGUAUUUAUGUUCAAAUUAAGUAUAAGGCUAAACCAAAUUCAAUCAAAACUUUUCCAGUACAUUGUUUUAAGAGAGAGACUAACAAAAUAGGGUUAAAGAAAUACUGAAUUAAAUUAUUUUUGAUAAAGAAGAUUAUUUUGGAAAAUUCAAUAAGGCUGUGUCUACAUGACAGACCAUCUAGCAACUGAGUGGAGAAAAGGAAAAAAAAAUCAUACAAGCUAGAUUUUUUUCAUUGUCCUGUAGUUAAAAAUCUUGAAAUAGUUAUCUCAAUAGUUUACUCAAUCUUUUUCUUUUAAACCAGUUCUGUUGGUGUCAUGUAGACAAAGCCCAUAUUCAUGCCUUUCCUUCUCUCAAUUUCUUGUCUUCCAUUCAGACAUUCUUUUUGGGAAAAACUCUACAAACUUCUGUUAAUUAUACUCCAUUUGGUUCUCAGCUUUCCUUAGUUUUUCAGAAAAAGUUAUUUAUGACACUCUGGGAUGCACAAAUACUCACCCAAGUGCACCUAUAGCUUAUGAAACUCGUGUCCGUUAUCACAGCUAAUAGUAGAUCAUAGAUCCUAGAGUUAGAGUUAGGAGGGACCUUAGAGGUCAUUAUUAAGGCCUACCAAUGCUGGCCCAAAACAUUUUAUAUAUAUACAUAUACACCCUCCUCCCCCCUCCCCCACCCAAGCAAUUCCCAGGUUCAACAGAUACAUUGACUUUCUUUUCAUUUUUCAGUUUACAUUUAAUUGAUGGAAAAUGAGCAAACAAUGUUUGCUAAAAAUUUCUGCCCAAUCCUAUCAGAGUGUGUGAGAGAAAGAAGGUGGGAAUUAGGAGAGGAAUAAAUUAAGUAUGGUAUGUUAUAUUUUUGAAGCUCUGUCCCUUCAUCAUGGGAUUCCAUGGAAUCCUUGGGAAGCCUAAACCAUAUUCUCCUUACUAUCCCCAAGACAUAGAAGGGCUGUGGAUAGAGAUGGUAGGCAUUAUCUGAAAGUUUUGCAUCCUUUUGAAGUUCUAGUCAAAAAUCAAAUUUAGAAAUCUCACUCUAUAACUAUGUGUUUUCUAUUUCUCUCACUAUAACAGGUAUUUUAGGGAGCCAUGUGGCAAAUGUCACAGAGUUGUCUGUUUUUAUUUUGUUUUGUUUUUAAAGGAAAAAAAAUAAGCUGUGAUGUGUCUUCUUUGUAUAACCUUAGGUAUAAAAUGCUAUGCAAGUUUUUCUUUAUAGUAAAAGCCUUAUUUCCUCAACACUUUCUCUCCCCACUAUGUUUUAAAUCCUCUGGCCCUUUGGGAUAAACAGAAAAUGUAACUAACUCUGUAUUGUUAUUAGCAGUGUGCAUUCAGCUGAGGUAAAAUUAGCUUGAAAUCAGGUGAAAUUCUCUAGUUUAGCAGCUCAACUCUUGGGUUGCUUCUUUAAAACUUCCUCUACAAUAAGAAUUGAGCAAUGAGAGAGCCCAGGUUGGAAAAAACCCUUGGGGAUUUCACUUAAUUAUCUAAUCACCUCAAGUCUCCAACAUUCUUAGGCUUCAUAGAUGACAGUAUAUUUUCAGGAAGGAUGCUUCAGCUUCUUCUUCACUACAGAUUCACAAUACAACUCAUUUAUCUGCAUGUGAUUUCACUCCCAAAGGGCCUCUGGCCAUCAAGACUCAAAACUCAAGAUGGGUGGGUUUACCAUUUUACAAAUUUUCCUGUUGCCUACACAGUAAACAGGAUUAUUUGACCCUGGUAGGUGUAACAGAGUUCUUGGCCUAGAGAAUGAGUUACAAUAGCCUAAAUAGGUAGCAAGCCCACUAUGCUACCCAAAUAAAUUAUAAUUUUCAUUUAUUAUAAAUCUUACUCAAUUUGAUUUUCUGUAUGACAUAGCAAAUACUCUGUUGGAAAUCAGAUCUUUUUUAUUUUAGUAUUUGGAAAUCUCACCUCACAUUGAAAAUAUACAGGCUGUCAUGGAAUAGUAUUCUGUUCUCUAAUUGACCCAUGUUGCUGCUGCAUCACGAUAGGACUUGUGUUUGUAAUUAUUUUUUCAAUAAUAGUCAUGUUUGUGCAUCCUCCUUUGGUUCCCUACUGUGGCUGAUGUACAGGUUACCAGAAUUAAAUGUGAAGCCUGUGACCAUAAAACAGAAAGAUGCUCACUGGCUCAUACUUAGAGCAGAUAUCUAUGGUCUUGACUUCAAUGGCCUGGUAUUUUAGUCACCUGCAUUAUUUCAUUUCAUAGUGUAUACAUUCAAAAGUAUGGCACUCUCUCCUGGUAGAGAGGAAAUGCUAAAAAGAACAGGAAUAAAUCAGUGUCUAAUAUUAAUCAUUAUCCAUUCCCAUGGUUACUCUUUAAUACUGAUUGUUUUGAAAUACAAUUUGAUGAUGAAAAUGCUGCAAGCUUCCCAGGGUCAAUGACAUCUGUCUAUUGAACUUGCAACUUUGUUCUAUGUGUUAACAGGAAGAGAUUCCUUGUGUUUCUCUGCCUUUACUUUCCCAGGACUUCCGAACAAGAAUACUGCAAGUGAAAUUCAUUCUCCCUUGUGAGCACUAUUAUAUUUUCUAAUUAUCUGGAUGUUUGUUGAAGAUAUAUUAGAAGUUUUCCCCAAGGUGAAAAAAUAUAAUAUGACUGGUCUGAGGUGUGUGGGGGGAACCUAAUGAAGGAACUAAUAUCACAGCUCCAUUUCCUACUAGAGCAGAUCAUAAUCUUUUUAGUCAUUUCACGGGCAUUAAAAAAUACCUCCCCAUUGGGAGGAAACCUCUUCAUGUUGUGAACAAAGCAUCCAUACAAAUCACAAGGCAAUAUUGUUGUAACCCAUUGGGAGAACAAAUAAUGUACUUUAUCUACCAAUCUCAGCAGCGGGUUCAGCCACAGCUAUUGACAGCGAAGUGGUUAAUUUCCAUUUAAUCCUUUGUUCAUAGCAUUCCUUUAGUUUAAUUUAUGAUGAGGAGACAUUAAAAUUUUACUUUAGAACAUGAGAAAAAUGCUUUUACUUAUGACUUAUCUUAUAGCCAUACAGAAAAGCAAAACAGGAGUGUUCCAAAGAGAAAACAAAAAAUAACUCUAGUGCUAAGCCUCAUGUAGCCUUGCCUGAUGCUUCUAUUCACACAAAGGAGCUGGAGUUUCCAUCCUUCCCCAGUGCUAUAGCAGGGGUAACUUGGGUCCCUGUAGUUGCAAGGGGAAAUUGAUUGAAUAAAGUGGCACAACAGUGAUACUGUCUAUUUAAUGGAAUCAAAUGGUUUGGUUGUUACUAUUUCCCUAGGAGCACACCCACCAGACUAGCACAAAACAGGGCAUAGAUUUUACUGGUAUCUAAAAUCUCCCUGGGGCAUUGGAAAGGUAUUGCCUAGGAUAUAAAAUGUGUAUCAAUUUAAAAGCAAAAUGAGGAAUUAGGAAUGUGUGUCCCUUAUAUAAGCAGAGUGGCAUCUGGUAUACUUAUUAAAAGCUUGUCAUGAUGAUUUGUUAUUGAUUGAGCCAUAUGUUGAUUUGGUUCUUUUUUGCCUUGACAUGGGACUUCAAGGGGCUGGAAAACCUGCAUUAUACAUCUUCUGAGACCUACCAUGUUGCACAUGUUAACUUCAAGACUUCACUCUACACUAUACAGUACCUUGUUGAUAUAUUAAGUAAAGACUUAUUUUAAAAAAAAA